AUAUGACUUCGAUCAAUACGAGCUUGGUGCCAACCUUGAACCUCCAAAGGAAUUUGGUUGCCAAGCAUAUGUGACCGGGCACGAUAGAAUUUAAGUAUAAGAGGACAGGCACUCUAGAGACCAGACAAGACUUGUAGCGAGCAGCAGCAUCCAAUCGACAGUCAAUCUCGUUCACUCUUUACGUUUCGCACCUUCGUUUCUACAUCCCCUUUGAUCAUAUACAGGGCCUAGGCUUCCCUUUUGUUUCUCUUUUUUCCCCUUUGAAACCAGAUAUUACACUCAUUCGUGUAUCUUAGAAUUUUCCCGUCUUACACGCUUUACAAUGAGAUUCUCCGUCCUGUCCGCGGCCGUCUUGGGCGGUGUCUUGCCCCUUGUGCAGGCACAUUACUUCUUCGACGUCCUCGUCAUAGAUGGCGUCGAGUCCAAGUCCAACCAAUAUGUUCGAUCGAACACGCGCGACGCCAAGUACAACCCGACGAAGUGGGAGAACAGCCGCGACGACACCACUCCCGACGGGCCCGAGAUGCGGUGCAACAAGGGCGCCUUCUCGUUCGCCUCCACGACCGAGACCGCUGAGGUCAAGGCCGGCUCCGCGCUGUCGAUGAAGCUGGCGGUUGGGGCCACCAUGAAGCAUCCGGGACCCGGAAUUGUCUACAUGUCCAAGGCGCCUGGCACUGCUCAGGCCUACGAAGGCGAUGGGGAUUGGUUUAAGAUCUACGAGGAGAGCGUCUGUGAUAAGAGUGCCGACUUCACCACCGACGCGUGGUGCACCUGGGAUAAGGAUCGCAUCGAGUUCACUAUCCCGGCCGACCUACCAGACGGCGAGUACCUUAUCCGAAGUGAGCACAUUGGCGUCCAUGGUGCUCACGUUGGGCAAGCUGAAUUCUACAUGAGCUGCGCCCAAGUGAAGGUCACCGGUGGAGGCUCUGGAACUCCUGGACCUACCAUACAGUUUCCCGGCGGUUACAAGUCGACCGACGACUCGUUCAACUUUAGCAUUUACAGUGGCUUCAAGGACUAUCCCAUGCCCGGUCCUGCUGUCUGGACUGGUCAAAGCAAUGCUACUUCGUCCGCCCAGAGCCCAAGCAGUAGCGCCUCGUCCAGCAUCCCUCAGAGCACCUCGGCCACCAGUGCUACUCCAAGUGCGGGCCCCAAGGCUUGCCGUCGCUCGAAGCACGCCCGGAGGUCUUCUAAAUGAGAUGUUUAUGUGCCAACAUCGGAGGUGAACGCGCAAGGAGGGCAUCACUAAGCAGAACGUGCCCUCGGUUCGUGCAUCAAGUUUGCCUUUAGUGCACCCGAC